AUGGUUGUCUCUCCCUCUAUGAUUCACAUUGUGACCUCUGAUCAGCUGGUGAUUUGUAAAGUUCAAAAGAUUGCUUUUGCAUGGCGUGCAGUAGCUUCAUGGACUUGGGAUGCUCAUGAUGAAACAUGUGGGAUAUGUAGGAUGGCUUUUGAUGGUUGUUGUCCUGACUGUAAACUCCCUGGUGAUGAUUGCCCUCUAAUAUGGGGUGCUUGCAACCAUGCUUUCCAUCUUCACUGCAUUUUGAAAUGGGUGAAUUCACAGACUCCCCAAGCACACUGUCCCAUGUGCCGUAGGGAAUGGCAGUUUAAAGAAUGAAGUCCAGUGUAUGAAACUCGUAACUCUGUGUGUGUGUGUGUGUAUACACAUAUAUGUGCAUGUGUAUGUAUAAUUGUAUAUGCAUGCUCACUACUGCACGCGACAUUGUUGGGUGACAAAAUCAAUUAUCGUAGGUGUGAAACUCUGUAUUACUGGUUUUUAGUACAUAAACGUUGAUAAUUCAAUGUUUGAAGAGUGAAAACUCUACGAUUACA